AUGGCAAUCUUCUAUCGCAAUAAAAUACUUAAUAGAUUGCUAUCACCUCCUAGGUCGAAACUACACUCGAGUUCAAUCUCUACUAUCACUAAAACAUACAAUAAAUACAAUGCAACUCUGCCUUUUACAGAAAAGGAAAAGAUUCUCCUCAAUAAUACAAUUAUUUCACUCCUAAAUGACGCAAAUUGGAUAUCGUCACUUACACAUAAGGGGAUUCCAUCAUUUUUUGUUAGAAAUCAUGAAUUUAGAAAUAAAUUUAUGGAAUAUAUAGAUAAAUCAAACGAAGCUAGAAUGUUUAUUAGAGAUAAUUUGAAUGUGUUUAUGGCCUAUAAUUUAAACGAGAGAUUUGAGUCGGAAUAUAUCCUAGUUAAUUUGGCAGAGUAUAUAAGUUCAUUUGUAGUAGACAAUAUGCCUAACCUCAUGGUAGCAUGUCAAGCAGUAAGACACCUCGCAGACUUUCGAUCAUUCGAAAGUGAUUCGACAAAUAAAGUUGGAAGGAAAGUGUACGUACACAUAGGACCACCGAACAGCGGGAAGACUCAUGAAGCAAUAUCAAGGCUGUCGAAGGCAAAGAAUGGAAUAUACUGUUCGCCACUGAGGCUGCUAGCAUGGGAAAUGCACAGCAGGCUGAAUAGGUCAAAUGUGCCAUGCGCACUCCUAACGGGCCAGGAGAAAGUGGACAACAACGAGAACCAUAUAUCCUGCACGGUGGAAAUGGUGCCAUACGAGAGGAGUUACGAAGUCGCAGUGUUGGACGAGAUGCAAAUGGUAGGAGACAGAACGCGUGGAUACGCGUGGACGAAGGCGUUUUGGGGAUUGAAGACCAAGGAACUACACAUAUGCGGAAGUAACGCAUGCCUAACUCUGGCAAGGAAGCUGGCGGAUAUAAGGGGGGAUACGUUGGAAGUGUAUGAGCACGCAAGGCUGGGGAAACUUAAAGUAUUGGACAACGUAGUCAAAUUAGAGAGUCUGGAACCGGGAGAUUGCGUAGUAUGCUUCUCAAGAAAUGAAGCAUUUAAACUAAGAGAUCAAAUAGAAUCAACCGUCUACGAGUGGGACCCGAGAGAUACUACAAUCGGUAACACACAAAGAAAGAAUGGUGAUAGACCCAUAACGAGCAUAGUGUAUGGAUCACUGCCACCCGAAACGAGGUGUAAGCAAAUAGAAAGUUUUAAUAACAGGGACACGAAGAUACUGAUAGCGUCGGACGUUAUAGGGAUGGGAGUGAACGUGUCAAUAAGAAGAAUAAUAUUCAACAAGCUGACGAAGUACGACGGAAGUGAGUCGAGAGUACUCAAUGCAGCAGAAGUGCAGCAGAUAGCAGGGAGAGCAGGAAGAUACGGGUUAGAGUGCGGAGAGGGCGAGGUGAGCUGUGUGAGGAAGAAGGACCUGCCAGUGCUGAAGGAGCUAAUGAGUACGGAGCCGCCGCAAAUAGAGAAGGCGGUGAUAUCACCGAGCCCAGAAGUGUUUGAAGCGUUUAACUUGGCACUAAACCAGGCGACAGGGUCACGGCACUCACUAUCAGACGUUACACAGCUGAUAACAUCGAUGGCAAAAGUGGGAAAGAAUUUUGCAAUGUGUGACUUUGUUCAGGUGAAUACAGUGGCAAAGUGCCUAGAAGGAAUAAACCUCCCGUUUGAAGUGUACAAGCACUAUUUGCUAGUACCGAUGGGAUCACCGCUGACAUCACUGGUGGUAAGGGCGUACGCAGCAAGCCACGCACUGCUUAACAAGGUGAAAAUAUCUAACAUAAUAAAUGAGGCGUGCCUCGAGUUAAACUUCGAUGAUCUUAACAGGAUAUCGGCAAACGAGGAGGUGAAGAGGCUCGAAUUACUGUACGAGGCUCUCGACAUUUACACGUGGCUCUCAAACAAGUUCCCCAGUGUGUACGUGGAUGGGAAUGCGGUCGCCGAGUUGAAGACUAAGAUAUCAGCUGUCCUCUCGAGGCUCCUAAGCGAGGUCCACGAAGGCAGUUCAGAGGAGCUGAGCGAUGCCUACAUCUCAAGGGAAAUACUGAGGCCGGAAUUUACGAUUGCAUAA